AGAUUUCACUCAACAAGUGAACACAGCAGGAAAACACAACUCUGAGUCGACUCUCAGACGAGACCUGAGACUUUAGAGAGCGGGAACCAGCUGCAGAUGAGCCGAGGGGCCGAGCGACAUCGACACAGAGAGAGAGAGAGAGAGAGAGAGAGAGAGAGAGAAGGGGAGCAGCUGGAGACGACAGAGAGCUUCAGUAGUAAAGAGACCGAGAGGAAGAGGAGGCAGCAGGACGAGCAUGACGCAGCUGCUGAGCCUCUGAGGACGGACACACACUCUCACACACACACCGGUCGCCAUGGGAAACACAGACAGUCACAGCAGCUUCGUCUCUCCUACCAAGUCCUCCUGCUCGGUCAGGUUCUCCUCCAGGAGGGAGGAGGUGCCGUCAGCUCGCAGCUGGUGGAGGAGCAGUCAGGGAGGCAGCAGGAGCCGGGGGAGGAGCUACCUGAACCAGCACGCCGCCGGCCCACCGUACACCUCCUGGCACUAUGAGCACAAAGCGCCCAGAGGAGGCUCCAAACGGGGAGCCGGGUCUCCUCAGAGGUUCAUCAGAGGGAACCAGCUCAGUUACGUGGAGAACGGCGGCGGGAGUAACGGGAUGUGUGGUGAGCGGACGUCCCUGGAGAGUGGCGGCAGCCCAAAGGUGCUUCUCAGCAAGGAUGGCAGCAUGAGGGUGGAGUUCACCAACGCCAGGGGCGUCCCCAUGGAGACACAGGGGCUCACCGGCCUCCCCACCACCUCCACCACUGCCCCCCCAGUCGCUGAGCCCUCCCUCCGCACCAGUAAAGGCAGCUCGCUCAGCUCUGACGGCUCCUGGUACGACUCACCGUGGGGGACCGGCGGUGAGCUGGCUGACAGCGUGUUUGUCUGCGGGCAGAGUGUGGCUAACAGCAGCGGGUACACCACCUACUCCUCCACCCGCACAGAGGAGACCGCCACCAGUAGCAGUGGGUACAACACCGUCUUCUCCGCCCAGGUGGACAUCUCACCUGGAUUCACCUCCGCCCUCCUUUUUCCCGCCGCAGAGACCAACGAGUUCACCUCCGCCGCCGGCUACAACACCUGCUCCUCAGGGCGGACGGAGGACAGCGGUAUCGGAGACUCAGUGAUCCUGCAGGCCGACCUGAGAGACUUCAGCCCGGCUUCACCUUCCUGCAUCUCACUGGACAGCGUUUACCACAACACGCUGCCCGCCUUCCCCCCCGCACCUGACGGCGCCCUGCAGCAGAGGACCGCCAUCUCCUCCUCAGCACUGCUGCUGGAUGAUGUCAUCCAGGAGGAGGAGGGGUCAGGAGGAGGCGUGGAGCAGCGUUACUCCUCCCACACGCUUCCCUGUCGCAGAAUCGAUCCCGUCAGCACUGCCACCGCCGCCACCGCCCCCGGGAACAGCCGCAAAGACUUCCUGAAGAGCCGAAUCAGACGACUCAGCGACUGGACAGGAAGUCUGAGCAGGAAGAAGAGGCGGAUCCAGGAGCCGCACAGCGGGGACGAUGUUUUCCUCAGCGGGCUGGACUCUGGGCUGGUCGGCUGCAGCUCGCUGUGGUCCUCCAACCUGCUCCACCCUCUGAACCACAACCAGUUCCCAGCGUUCCACUGCGGCUCCUCCAGGAGCCUGAACCUGAACCUGAACCAGAACCUGAGCAGCGACGCCCAGCGGCAGAACGUCUACGAAAACUUCAUGCAGGAGCUGGAGACGGGCUGCAGCAGCGCCGCCGACCGGACCGAGACGUCGGAGGGGGAUGGGGAAGAGGAGGAGGAGGAGGAGGGGGAGGAGGAGAUGGAUGGAGAUGGUGAUGUGGAGGCGAGAGGAGGCGAGCAGCUGGAUGUCCUGUUUGAGAAGGAGCAGGGCGUGGUGCGACGGGCCGGAUGGCUCUCCUUCAAAGCUCUCAUCACCGUCAGCAAGGACAGGAAGCUGGAGCUAGUGGCUCGCCGCAAGUGGAGACACUACUGGGUCACGCUCAAAGGCUGCACGCUGCUGUUUUAUGACACGUACGGGAAAACUGUCAGCGCGGAGCGAGAGCUGUCACCACGUUACGCCCUGCUGGCCGACGACAGCAUCGUCCAGGCCGUCCCCGAACAUCCCAAGAAGGAGCACGUGUUCUGUCUGAGCAACUCACACGGAGACGUCUACCUGUUCCAGGCCACCAACCAGACGGACCUGGAGAACUGGGUGACGGCGAUCCACUCGGCAAGCGCCUCGCUGCUGGCGAAGCGUCAGGGGAAGGAGGACACGCUGCGGCUGCUGCGCUGCCAGAGCCGCUCGCUGCUGCAUAAGAUCGACAUGGACGGGAAGAUGAAGAAGAUGGCGGAGCUGCAGCUGUCCGUCAUCAAGGAGCAGAAGAACAGGAAGGCUGUGGAGAGCCAGAUCCAGCAGUGGGAGCAGAACCUGGAGAAACUGAACCUGGAUCUGUUCCGGCUGCGCUGUUACCUGUCCAGCCUGCAGGGCAGCGAGCUCCCCAACCCCAAGAGCCUCCUCGCCGUGGCCAGCCGGCCCUCCAAGAGCAUGCUGGGACGCCUGGGGGUCUUCUCCGUGUCGUCCUUCCACGCUCUGGUGUGCAGCAGAGACGAGGUGACGUUGAGGCGGCGCUGUCGGUCUCUGUCAGGAGGAGGCGGCAGGAGGAGGGGCCUGCCGUCCUCUCUGAGGGCUCUGGACGGACGCAGCAGGGACAGCAGACACUCCACGUCCCAGAGAGCAGACAGUGUGUCCACACAGAGGGAGGUGGCGCCCCCUGCUGGACGUUCUGCAGCUCUGCAGGUGUUUGAUGAGCUGCAGCUGUCGGCUGUUUUCACUCUGAACGUCUGUCGACUCAACGCAGAGAAAGACUUUGGUUUUGCGGUGACGGGUCACGUGGACGGAGCGGGGAAAAGUCGUGUCUUCGUCAGUGAGGUCGACGCGCUGGGACUGUCGGCCAGAGAAGGCCUCAGGGCGGGGGACGAGGUCCUGGCUGUGAACGGCGCCGUGGUGUCCGGUCUGGACCUGGACCUGAUGCAGAGUCUCUUCAGCCACCAGAAGCUGCAGCUGCUGCUCAGGAGACACGAGGAGGCCGCCGAGCCCUGCCAUCCGCCGGCGCCACCGGACCUCCACCCCGGCUCCAAUACUGAUCCUCCACACGGCGUCCCACUUCCUGUUUGUGACGACGUUUCAUCAAAACCAUCAGAGGACGCUGAGCUGCAGAGAGAGAACGUGGAGUGUGUUCACGCUCUGUACCAGACCUUCCCAGAAGGCCUGGCGGAGGAGGCCGACGUCCCCAGAAAUCCCUACAGCCGAGAGGGUGGCCUGCAGCCUGCAAGCCCUGCCCACCUGAGUGUGUGUCAGCAUCUGCGGAAAGUCAUCCAGGAACUGGUCGACACUGAGAAGUCCUACGUCAAGGACCUGGUCUGUCUGUUUGACGUCUACCUGACUCCGCUGCAGAAGGAAACCUUCCUCAGUAAAGAAGAGAUGGAGGCGUUGUUCGGCAGCCUGCCGGAGAUGUUGGACUUCCAGAGAGUUUUCCUUCAGACGCUGGAGGAGAGGAUCGCUUCCUGUCCCAAUUUCAGUCACCUGGAAACACCUGCGCAGUUCAAGAAACUCCUCUUCUCACUCGGAGGAUCUUUUCUUUACUACGCCGACCACUUCAAACACUACAGCGGCUUCUGUGCCAACCACAUCAAGGUGCAGAAGGUCCUGGAGAGAGCGAAGACAGACGGAGCCUUCAAACACUUCCUGGAGGCCAGGAAUCCGACCAAUCAGCACUCGUCGUCUCUGGAGUCGUACCUGAUCAAACCGGUUCAGAGGGUCCUGAAGUAUCCACUGCUGCUGAGAGAGCUGGUGUCUCUGACUGACCCUGAAAGCCCCGAACACACACACCUCACAGAGGCGCUGCGAGCAAUGGAGAAGGUGGCGACUCACAUCAACGAGAUGCAGAAGAUCUACGAGGAUUACGGCUGCGUGUUCGACCAGCUGGCUGCGGAGCAGAGCUCACCUGACAAACAGGUGACGGAGAUCUCGAUGGGGGAGUUCCUGGUGCACUCGUCGGUGGUGUGGUUGAACCCGCUGCCCUCUCUGGGUCGACUGAGGAAAGAACCUGAGCUCACGCUGUUCGUGUUCAAACGAGCCGUCAUCCUGGUUUACCGAGAGAACAGCAAGAUGAAGAAGAGGAUGACCGGCUCUCGCUCAGCUGAUCUGGACCCCUUCAGGUUCCGCUGGUUAAUCCCAGUUUCAGCGGUUCAGGUGCGACCGGCCAACAUCACAGGCUCAGAGAAUGAGUGUGUGUGGGAGCUGGUUCACUGCAGGUCGGAGGUGGAGGGACGACCAGAGACGGUGUUUCAGCUCUGCAGCAGUGGUUUGGAGACGAAGGCCAGCGUGCUGCGAGCUCUGCGCUCCCUCCUCAGAGACCGAGCGCCCGCCGGCUCCCUGAGGAGGACCAGGCUGUCGACGGCAGAGAGGUGCAGCUCCUGGAGGAGGAGGCAGCAGCGAUGUCGCUCUGACACCCAGAGGAUGACUCAUCAUCAUCAUCAUCAUCACCAUCACCACCAGCCGGAGGAGAGCUGCCGACCCGACGGCAGAUCCGUCCUGGGUGACACCUGCUCGGAGCCUCUGCUGCCGAGCCACGCCGCCUCCGACCCUACAGGGAAGAGGACCAGACUCUGCUCCCUGACCAGCGAGCUGGAGGCUCAGCUGCAGCGGCUCAACUUCACCGAGGAGGAGGCGGAGCGAGGAGCAGCGGCGUCUCAGAGCGACAAGGAGAAGAGGCGGAGCUCCAGUCUGAAGCGAAGUCCUGGAGAAGUGCUGGACCUGAGCAGCCUGCUGGAGAGAGACUUCAGCGUUCAGAGCAUGAGCUCCAUGAUCAACGAGGACUGUUUCUACGACAGCGUGCUGGGCGCACAGAAGGCCGCUGUUCCCACGCUACAGGGCUAAAGCUAACGUGCUAACAUGGAGGAGACUGCCGCCAGAACCGUCUGUCCUCCAUCACCUGGAAGUUCUCAUGAAUCAACUCAUCAUGAAGAAUUCAUACGGACGUGAACACGAACACACGGCUGACUGACGAGCUAACUGUCACCGCUACAAGACCUCACACGUCUGGAAUAAAUCUUGUCUAAAACAUUUGGAAUAUAACGCCGUCUGAUUGGCUCAUUUCUACCUCUGGAAAUAAAUGAAGUUUCUUCCAGUAGAUGAAGUCCAGCCCACUGUGACACCGGAUCAGUCAGCGUCACAACUUUCUGGAGAUGUGAAGUGAAAGGAGACGCUGGCUCCUCAAGUGUUAUUCAAGCAUUUCAGAUUCUUCUUCUUUUAAAUGUUCUCUGCGUCAUUCGAUAUUAAAGCUCCUGAAAUAAAUCAACAACACAAAUCACAUCACAGUGAGUGGAUGACUGCGGCAGAGAUUUUUACACUGAAAGGUAAAAACACACAGUUUGAUUAAACUCAACUGUGACAGAUUUAAAAAAUGAAAUCAAAACAUUCAAACAAAAAAGUUCCAAAAAAAACAUAACUUUGAGAGAAAAGUUAUAUUACUGGAAUAAAAAUAUAAUUUUAUAAAAAGAAAAUAUGUCAUUAUUGAUGAGUACAGUUCUUUGACUUUUACAUUUUUCUCAAAAAAAAAGAAAGAAAAGAAAAUUAGUUUAUUUUUGAAAUAUCAACACUUUCCCCUAAAAAUGCACCUUUAUUGGCCUCAGCUUUAUUAAGGGUGAAUUUUAUUCUCGAAAAAUCUUGAAAUGUUUUUCACAUAAAAUUUUGACUUAAAUCUUUUUUGGAAACAUCACAAGUUUUUCUCUGAAAUUAACUUUUUUCCUCCUAAAAUGACAUUUUUAUUUUUUAUAAAAUGAAACUCAUUCACAGACCUUAUUUCAGACGUCGAACCAAAACACACUUAAAGACCAGGAAACAGGAAGUGCUAACAUGCUAACAUGCUAACUCAUUUCCAGGUUGUAGGACUCCUGCACGACUCUAUUAACUUAACAUGAUGAAUUUUAUUUCCAAAAAUCUGACAUUUCUCCUGAAAGUAAAAAAAAUUGAUUUUAUUCUUGAAACAUCACAAUUUCUUCUUUUUCUUAUAAUACUGAGAUUUUUUUUUUUUUUUUAAAGUCGGACUUCUUUCUUGUUUUACAAAAUUUCAACUUUUUCAUCAAAAUAUUUCAACUUUAUCCUGAAAUGUUUUUUUCCUCCCAGUGGCUCCAAAACUCUGUCAGCAGACUCCAGAAGCUUCGUUCGUGUGUCAGGAUGAAAACUGGAGUUAAUCCACAAACCACUUUGAGGAAAUUUGUUUCUUUGUUCAUGGGAACUAUAAAGAAAACUUUUCUGUUUGAACAUUAGAAAUCACACGGUGGAUUUAAUCGUUUUCAAAGGACCAAAGACUCAAAAAUCACGAGUGCCCUCAAAAACUUCAAAACACAAAUAUCUGCAGCUCAGUACUGUUUUUAACUGGACUACAUUUCCUGGAUGAAGCUACAAGCCUGAUGGAUCUAUGGAAACUUAUUGUACAUUUCAGUUCUCAUCUCUCGCUGUCGGGACGUCUCUUCUGUCAGAUGAGGAUUUUUGGUUCCAGGAGUCAGAAACAGACAAACGUCGGACUCUUCAGUGAUUUGCUGCACUCGGCUGCCUGAACGAACGCGUCAGUGUUUUUUAGCAUCGUGUCGUCGUGUUCGUGCUGUAAAUGUAUUUCGUGUACAGUUUAUUUCUCCGUCGUAGUUUUCUGUUCAACAGAUAUUUUCUUGACAAAAGCAGUUUGGAGGAAAAACGUUCGGAGCUGCUGGAUCGAAUCAAAAAGACUUUGAGUUUUUGUAUUUAUACUUUUUGUUGUGUGACUGAAACACUGCGAAGCAGACAGUGUCUCGUUUUUGAUGAACGUAACUCGAGUUGUUUUUUAUUAACUGUUAAAGUAUUUGGUAAUUUAUUUUCUUAAAUAUUUGUGUACAUCUUUUUAACGACUUUUGAUGCUGUUUAAUUCCAAUAAAUGAAUAUUUAAUACGUGU